GGAGGAGAGAGACAUGGAGAGAGAGAGUGAGAGAGAGAAAGGGGUUGAGAGUGAGAUAAGGGGAGUGGAUCAUUAUGAAAACAAUGAAUAAUAUGCAAUUAACGGGGGGGGGACGUGCUGUGUGUGAGGUUAACUUGAUAAAUUAUACAUUUUUUUAUAAUCCAUGAUCUAUCAAGACAUCUGAUUAAUGUCUACAUGUUUAGGCAUUGGUCCAUUAUAAACCACUCACAUUGAUUUUUCUUUGUAAUCCUUAUGACAAUGCCACGAUCCGAAAACUCGGCACAUAUACCAUUUGGUUAAAAAUCUUCCUCAGUGUAAAACCUACGAGUAAUUUCUCAUUGGAAAAAGAAAGCAAAAUAUUAUUUCAAUAACGAACGUAGCGAUGAUGCUUAUUCUUUGCACAUUUACAUUGAAUUGUACAAAUACUUCGACUACUCGUUACUAUAGUUACAUGCAAUUAGAUUAUCCUUUAUACCGAAAGCGUAAAUGUGUUCUGCUAACAGUGUCUCGUGAGAUUGGAGUGUGGGGAACAAACACAUAAUGAAGGACCAAGACAUGGUAAAAGGAAAAAGAAAGAAGAAAUAAAUAAAUAUAUUAUUCGGCAUAAUGACAUGAAGCCUAAUGCAUUGCAUUUAUUCACCAAGUUAUUCGUGUUAUAUUCCAAUAGUAUAAUGCUCUUAUUUUUGCUUCUUUUGAUCAUGAAUUAUACAGUGUACUACAUUCUUUAAGAUUUGCAAUGGAUUUUUGUAACAGUAUUAUGAUUUCUUGGCACCUGUCAUUUUUAUGGUUGAAAUCUAAUUAUAUUUCUUGCUUUUCAAAUACUAUUUUGAAAUUGGUUUGCAUUUCAACGCCCAUCGGCAUUCCCAGAUCAUUAAAUGUCAGUGAUAUUAUUACAGCCAUGAUAUUCACGAACUUUGGGUGUCUAUAAAGUAUAAAAGAAACAUGACAAUUGCAUUGUUUGCUUAAAAAAUACAAUGUUUUCUUAAUAACAUUGGGUAAAACCAGUCUUGAAAUAUCACGAAUAUUGUAAAAUGAAAACAAAACAAAAAUAAGAUAAAAAAUAAACCAACAUUCCUCUCGACGUCUUCCGAAUGUCCAAUCUCGACUACAUGUCAAAGCAGUUACACCCCCUCAACGUCUAGAGAGAGGCAUGUUGGACUGAGCACUCGGUGUGUAAAUGCUGUACUUAUGUGAAGUGCGUGUGACGUAUACAUGUAUAGGGCAAAGGGUGAUACAACGAUACAAGUCAUGCAAAGAAGCAAUAAUAAUCAUACUCAUUAUGAAUAUAAAGGUAUAAAAAAAUAAAUUAGCAUAAUUUUGAUAAACGAAUCAGGUAGGGGAUAUUUAGACGUCAAAAAUGUAAGGAAAACAUUCAGCCUUCAAAAUAUUGUUAUAUUAUGGUGCGUUUUGGGGAAAAGGUAUUUUUAUCUCAUUUAUCUUUGUAAUGAUACUUCUAUAACUAUUUGUUGUUCAUUAAUAUAUUUCAUUUCAGAGAGGAGUUGUUGUACGAACCAAGAAGGCGCCCGAACAUGAUCGUUGCCACUCAGACGAAUACAAACGCCAACAGUGUAUUACGAUUUUACAUCACUUCAAAAACCCAGAGACACGAAUUUAACAACGGCACUCAUUUUAUCAUGAACGAGUCGGUGUAUAAUUCAUUUCCACAUAACUCACCGUUUCGACAUAAAAGAUUCAAAAAGUGCAGUUUAGUUGGAAACAGCGGAUCGUUACUGAACAAUUCAUGUGGAGAAGAAAUAGAUGAUACAGACUUUGUAUUUAGGUGUAAUGCGGCUCCGUUACAGAAUCACAACGAAGAUGCCGGCUUUAAGAGCAACUUCACAACAUUUAAUCCUAGUAUUUUCUUUAAAAGAUUUGGUGGCCUUGCCAAUGAAAGCAACCUCUCGGAAUUUCUUCAUCAAAUGAAAGAAUAUUCCGGGUAUCUAUGGUUUCCAUGUUUAAGCAGCCAUAGGUACACGGAUAUAUGUCUUAACGCUUCUUUCUUCUACAACAAUUCUGAAAAUCAGUUUGUGGUCGGUCACCCGGAACACUUUAAAGCAAUCUGGCAAUUCUGGAAAGACCGUAAUGUCACUAAGAUUAUAUCAACAGGUUUUUAUGUAACAAACUUUGCCUUAACGGUAUGUGACGAGCUUCAUCUGUACGGCUUCUGGCCAUUUCCAAACGAGUUCCGCUCUGAGGCCAUGAGAAACGUUCCCUAUCAUUACUUCGAUGAAGAGCAUUUUAGUACCUCCCACGCCAUGGGCGAUGAAUUCAUGAACCUACUGCAACUCCACGAGCUCGGGAUCCUAAGACUUCACACAAAUAGCUGUGUGAGGUGAUCGAUAUUCAUACUCACCAGGCCAGGGGCACCAGGCCACUCAACCCACUCUCGCCUGUUUUCACUUACUUCUAUCAUGUCUAUUGCUAUCUUCAAGACCCCUUUUCCAAACACAAUUAUAUAAAAGGCAAAUAAAUAAAGAUUGAUCUUACCAUGGAUCCUACUAUAGCAUCCAUGAUCUUACAAAGGUUUGAGUGUUUAGAGAUGAAAUCAACAAUUGCAACAGCCUAAAAUAUUUGCAAGGCGGGGGGGGGGGCACGCCACCACACUAGGAAUGAGGUUAAUUGGUAAACCUUUUAUGGGUUAAUGUAUACAAUAAGGCGUAAUUUAACAUAAUGUCGAUCAAAUAAUGAGAAGGGUAUAUUUCUUGUUCUUUAAAAAAAAUUCCCGAAAGGAAUUAAAUUUCUUAAAUUUAUUGACUCGCGUUAUGGCAUUCGAUUUUCCACACUUUGGUCUAGUUUUCAUGUGAUUCCUCGAUAGGUCUACAUAUUUUUUAUAUUAUAUAAAGUUUAUACCUGUAACACAGGAAAUACAAUAUUAAUCCUGUAAAGGCUAUAGACCUACAAAAUUUACAUAUUCUAUACAGUUUAUACCUAAAUAUUCAAAUAAUUGUAGUCGAGUAUCCCCCCUCCCCUUCCGAUGAACAUGCCAUGCAUGUUCAUAGGGGGGGAGGUAAAUGACAGUUAAGAGAAAGAGAACGAGGAAAAAACCACUGAAGAAAAACUUGAAAAGUAG